CCUCUCCUGAUGGAAGUGAUCCGUCUCUCGUGGCCCCCUCCCUUUUAUUAAAAGUGGUACGGCCCAGGCUCCGCUUCAUCAGUACAGUAAAGGCAGGAGGACGGCCGCAUUUCUUGCGCGGGGGCGGGGUGAGGGGUGGGAAAGAGCGGAGAGAGGAAGGAAGAAAAGGUAGCAGCUUGCUGGCUUUGUGUGGGUGAAAUUAAAUUUCCAUACUUCGUCUUGAUUGGGGAGGGGCGGGGUUAAAAGAUGCUUAGAUAUAAACGAGCCUUUUCUUAGGCGCACAGUCGUGUCCUGCUUUACUGAGGGGCAGAUCGGGGGCGAGAAAUGCGGUUUUUAAAAAAUAAAAUGCGCGCGGGUGGGGGGUAACAAGGGGAAAGCGACGCACGUGGAGGGGAAAGGGAGGUUAAUCUGGGAGGGGGACAUAGGGAGGAGGCCACUUCAGGCACGAGGAAAGAUUUAAGUGGAGCCUCCUUGUCCAGCUGCAGAAUAUAUUUGAUGCUGAGGGAACAGAGAAGUAAGGGAAGGGUUUUCCAAAGUUGGGUCUCCAGCUGGUUUGAGACUAGAACUCCCAUCAUGCUAAGCUAGUAGGACCAAUGGUCAGGGAUGAUGUGAAUUGCAGUCCAAAAACAGCUGGAGACCCAAGUCUGGAAAACCCUGGAGGUGUCUUUUGCUUAGGGCCAUAAAUUUGCAUAAAAUAUGCACCUGUUGGGGUGUUUGUGUGUGUGGACUGUAUAUUAUAUCCAGUGUUAGUCACAGUCAUAGUCAUAGCUGUCAACUUUCAGAUUUGAAAAUAAGGGAUCAGCAGCCUCGAAAAUAAGGGAUCAGCAGCCUCACCUGUCCCAGGGACAGUCUAUGGGAUAUCUAACAAUCCGGGGAAGCAGUGGGAAGCGGCGCUGGAAUAAGGGAAUUUCCUGCAAAAAAAAGGGAAGGUUGACAACAAUGGUCAUAGUAGACCCAUUGAAAUGAAUGGCAUGACUAAUUUAAUUUCAGGGGGGCCUACUCAGAAUGAAAUGAAUGACCUGGGCUGAAAAAAUAAGGGAGAAGAUGAUAUCAGAGAUACAAAGCUGCCUUCACAGUCUAACCAGUAGUCCAUCUAGCUCACUGUUACCCAAUUUUCCAAACUCUGUGCACCAUAAAAUACUAUUUUAUCAAUCAAAGGGUUUGGGUGCACUCCUGUGCAUAUUUGCUAAAGAGUGAGCACACUGAAUUAAGUGAUGCUUAUGGAUUGCAGAUUUAAUGAAUUAAAAGGUGAGCCCAAAGCAUCCAUUCACAGAUGCCUGCAUCAUAUCUGCCUUUUUCUAGUAAGCUGCUUUUAUGGGUGGACAGUCCGGAGGCUGUGACUCAUGGAAAAGCAUAGGUUUCUACACACACACACACACACAUCUGGGCAAGAAAGAGGUAUCACUUUUCAAGAACGUAUCCUAGUAAGGCCAGAACACCCAAGGAGGUUACAGAGCAGGGAUGGUGAAAUGAAAUGUGACCUGGAGAGGAGGUGUGACUUGGAGAAAUCCUGAGACCAGGAAGACAAGCUUCAAGGGCUGCAUUUGGUCCCUGGACUUGAGGUUCCCCGCUCCCCCUUCUGGAACGAUAUUCUUUUAAAUAAUGACAACAGCUCUCUUUACUUUUAGACUUGACAAAACUGCCGGGCAAGAUGCUAGAAUUCCUGAAGCACCCAAUUGUAUUUUCCGUGCAGAUCAACAUGAAUCUCGUGGUUUUGACUGUGGUGGGAUUAUUAAGCCGGUUGUGGGCCCUGUCCUACCCUCGUGCUGUGGUGUAAGCAAAUUCUUUGGUUGUUUAUAUAUAUUUUUAAUGACAGUGGUUCUCCUGCACCCCAAGAUCCAACUCAGUUGUUUUGUUUUGCCCUUUGUGUAAGAACACCAUGUCACAUUCUGUGGAGGCCACCACUGAAGUUGAAAGGCAGACUAAACAUAUUUUACUGAGUGAAUAAAGAAAAUAAAUCAACUGAAUAACACGCGGGUUCCUAUCCUUUAAUAAUGACAUCCUAAAUCUGCAGCCUAGGUUACACUGCCCCACCUUCCAUCUUCUCCAGGAUUUUCUUCCUCUUUGCAAUUUGCAGCCUACCCAGUCAAAUAGAACGUUACAUAGGAGGUUGCUUUGUAUGUCAGACCACUGAUCCAUCUAGCUCAGCAGUGUGUCUGCUGUAUUUCAGAUGGGAGUCUCUCCCAUCACUACCUGGAGAUGCCGGGGAAUGAACCUAGGGCAUUGUGCAUGCAAAGCAAACAAUUACUCAGCUACUGCCCUUCCUAAAACAUAGUAAGCUGCCCUGUACCAAGUCAGACCAUUGAUCCAUCUAGCUCAGUUACUGUGCAUACUAACUGGCAGCAGCUGCCCAGGGUUUAAACAUGAGUCUCUCUCAACCCUACCUGGAGAUACCAGAGAUUGAGCCUGGAGCCUCCUGCCAGCAAAUUUGUUGUCCUUUGCUGAGAUUGCUUCAAAACCCACAGUCAUUCACACUGACAACCCAGUUCCUUGCCCAGCUACUGAGAAGUUCAUGUGCUUUCUGCUUGCUUGUGGCCUUUCAGCUUUGACGAAGUUUACUAUGGCCAGUUCCUCUCUCUCUAUAUGAAGCGGAUCUUCUUUGUGGAUGACAGUGGCCCACCAUUUGGUCACCUGCUUCUGGCCUUUGGAGGUAGGGAUGAAUCUCAUUGAGCCCGUAUUCAUUUCUCCUUUGCCAUGAGAAAAAUAGUUGUGAAGGUUCAGCACAAGGGAACAGCGUUACAGGUUUAGAAGCUAGCUGAUGGAAGAUUCAGAAUGGAUGAAAGGGGAGGGACCUCUUUAACACCAUGCAUAGUUCAACUAUGAAAUUUGCUCCCAUGAAAUGUAGUGAUGUCCAUCAGUUUGGAUGUCUUUGAAGAAGGAUUAAACAAACUAUGGAGGAUAAGGCUAUCAAGGGUUACUAGCCAUUGUGAUGUACUGUAGGAGGCAACAUGCCUCUAAAUAUCGCAGGUGGGAGGAGUACUGUUGCACCCUGGUUCUGCUUGCAGGUUUCCUGUGGGGGCAACUGGUUAGCCACUGUGAGGACAGUCUGCUGGACUAGUUGGGCUACUGGCCCGAUCCAGCAGGGGCCGUUUUAUUUUCUUAAUAUUCUUAUGAUUAUCCAUACCUCUCCAUGUGCUGCUUCUACUGCUCUUCAUAAAACAAAAAAGCAGAACACCAAACAGUGAAUCCAAACCGUCUAUAUCUAUAUACCCAGUUUCUAGAAAAGUGUUCCCUUUGUUAUGAAUAAUAUGAGAGAGAGAGAGAACUUGCAUGUAAACCAGUAUACUGAUAUAUAUGACUGAUCUGUUUGAUUCUAAAAUAGUUUGGGCUCUGUUGAAUUGCCACUUUACACCCAGUGACUUAUACACACUCUUUAAUAGUGCCCUCUUAUGCAUCACAAGCAAGUACCAUUGUUUCCUUAGCAUAAGUAUUUUCAGGAUUGUAACCUUUGUAUAUGUGUGUGUGGCUGAAAUCCUCUUUCCUCCCUUCCAUUUUAGGUUACUUGGGUGGGUUUGAUGGCAAUUUCUUGUGGAACAGAAUUGGUGCAGGUAAGAGGUGUAUCUGGUUCAUCAUAGUAUGUCUGAGCUAGCUGGAAGUUAAUUCCUUUUGUGGAAGGGUACAUCUCAAAAAAGAAAGCAAUAGCUUUUUCGUUUGAGUUACCAACAGACACAUCUGAAAGAGGAACAGGUAUAGAGUUGUUUCUUCCAGUUGUCGAAAAGCUUUGUUCUCCCACCCCUCAGCCUCUGGGUUGAAAGUACAUCUUUGCCUUCUUCCCCACCCCUUGCAGCCUCUGACAACUGUUCUUUUAAACUUUGAAAUAUAUUCUGAUAAGAGGCCAGGGUUAUCUCCUGAUUGACAUAAGGGCCUCUCCAGGAUUGUGCACAGCCUAAUUUUGAAAGCAUGAGGGGGAAGUUGCUUCAUGAUUGACAUGUUUCAGUUAAUCAACACUCUGUGCAGCCUGGCUCUGAGAAGGGGGUGGAACUGCUUCUGGAGUAGCUAGUUGAUUUUUUAAAAGUUUUUCUGCACUGAACCAGAAGAACAGCUGCUGUCCCGUCCUUCAGAUUUUGUGGAGGAAGAUGCACGCCUUUCAGGUGUGCUUCCAAAGCAGUUCAUCUGCAUGCACUCUUGAAUGGGAGCUGGAUGUAGAUAUAGUAUAGUAGGGUUGGAAGAGAGCUCAAGAAUCAUCUUGUCCAACCCCCUGCAAUGCAGGACUCACAAUUUAUGAAUCCCUGACAUACAGCCAUCUAACCUCUGUUUAAAAACCUCAAGUGAAGGAGAGCUCAGUGACAGAGAUAUCUCAGGAAGGGAACCUUUCUGUUCAAUCCUAAUUGUGAGCAAAAGGCAGUGAGUUGUAUUCAGUAUCAGUAAAACCACUGAAAUUGAUGGGUGUGACUAACUCGGGAGCAGCAACUUCAAUGGCUGUGCCCUGAGUAGGACCAGCAUUGGAUACAGCCCAAAAUACUAGGUAUGAAGUUUAAGCUUGUUCUUUUUAGCACACCCUUCCGCAACAACGCAGUUUCUUCCAGAUGUUGCCACCUGCAAGUUCCAUUAACUAGAUAUGUAGAAUGGUAAUGUAAAUUUAAAUCUGUUUUUAGCUAAUCAUUUUAAUUAUUCUUUGAAUGUUUCAAAUAACUAUUUUUAACUGUUUUAUCGAUAGUGUUCUUUGUAAUUAUGUGGCAUAUGGAUUUUAUGAAAUAAAUAAAUGACCCCCAACCAGCACAGUUGCAUUCCCAUCAGCCCUUGCAUCACUGGCUGGGGAUGGUGGGAGUUGUGGUCCAAAAGCAGCUGUGUUAGCUGGGGGUGGUGGUGGUUGCUGUCCAAUCCAUCUGGAAGGUGUCAGGUCAAGGGGGAGGCAGAUGGCCAUGUGGUGCUCAGUAAUUCCUGACUCUUGCUUGUGUCCUGCUCUGUUUCAGAAUACAAUCCCACUGUGCCAGUUUGGGCCCUGCGGCUGCUACCAGCCUUGGCUGGUGCCUUGUGUGUUCCUCUGGCAUACCAGAUCCUUGUGGAACUGCAUUACUCACACUUUGUUGCUUUUGGAGCUGCCCUGCUGUUUCUGCUGGGUAAGGAAUUUCCCCCUUCAGCUGUUCUUCUUAUUGGGUGCUGGUCACCAUCCCUAGAAAGUAUGCACACUUUGUAAGCUGCCUUAUACAGAGUCAGACCGUUUGGUCCGUGUAGCUCAGUGUUGUCUACAUUGACUGGUAGCAGUUCUCAGAAUUUCAAGCUGCCCUGCCUGGAGAUGCCAGAGAUUGAACCCGGAACCUUCUGCAUGCAAAGCAGAUGCUCUACCACUCUUUGUUUAUGGUCAGAGCUCUUUACUCAUGCUCAAACGAGUAGGUUUUCACAGAGCUUUGAUUUCUUUAUGUAAGCUACAGUCAUAAACAAGAGUAGCCCACAUGGUAUGUAUGUAUGUAUGUAUGUAUGUAUUUAUUUUCUGCCUUUAUCUCCAAGGAGCUCAAAUUGGUGUACAUAGUUCUCCCCCUCCUCAUUUAAUCCUUACAACAACCCUGUCUGGUAGGUUAGGCUGAGAGGCCGUGACUGGCCCAGAGUCACCCAGUGAGCUUCAUGGCUAAGUGGGGGAUAUGAACCUUGGUCUUCCAUGUCCUAAUCUGACACUGCAGUCUCUGUACUAGACUGCUUCUGAAGCAUAGGGAGCUGCCUCCUGCUGAGCCAGACCUUUGGUUCAUGUAGCUCAGUACUGUCUACGUGGACUGGCAGCAGCUCUCCAUGGUUUCAGGCACAGGAUGAUUCCCAGCUCUACCUGGAGAUGCCGGGGAUUGAAGCUAGGAUCAUCUGCAUGUAAGGCAGAUUACUACAUCUCCCAUCAGCCCCAGCAUGACCAGUAGUUUGGGAUGACAGGAAUUGUACAUCACGUUGGCUUCUCUUGAAAUAAUGUAAGGGAAGUGCAUACUACUGAGUUGUCCUCUAUGAGGAAGGUAUGCAUGAGCUUUUUAUUUCUUUGAAUAUGACAGUCAGAUCCCACUGAAUGAGAUUAGCAAAUGGCCAGUGUUUUCCUGGUGCCUGAUCAUCAGGCAAACAUGUCUGAAGAGGGUGUUCUAUAUUUGGGAUACCCUAACAAUUUGUGCACUGUGUUUUUAGAGCAGGGGUAGCCAAUGACAUGCCUUCCAGGUGUUGUUGGUCUCCAACUCCCAUCAGCUCCAGGUAGCAUGGCCAGUGGUGGAGGAUCAUGGGAAUUGGAGUCCAACAACAUCUGGAGGGCAUCAUGUUGUCCAGUUUAGAGCAUUGGGUUUUUGGAAUGCUUCGUUUCCCCAGAUUUAAAGACUCAUUUUGACUUGUUUUCACCACUUUUGAGUGAGGGUCAAUCACUUUUAUUCCAGCUAAGGUGUUCUCUCUUCCUCCUCAUUUCCUAACAGAGAACUCCCUGAUCACUCAGUCCAGGCUGAUGCUACUGGAGUCCAUUUUAAUCUUUUUCAUCCUGCUGGCAGUUUUAUCUUAUCUGAAGUUCUACAACUCUCAGAAGCAAAGGUAAAAGGUGGCACAGAAUUCUUUUCAGUAAAUAAAGUAAAGUAAUUUGACAGCAAGACAUAUAGUGACCAUUGUUGGCUGAUCCAACCAGAAAAAGUGGAGACUUUGGUAGAAGCUUUCUGAGUUAGAUGGGAUUUUUUAAGCCAAUUGUAAAAGCAAGAAGUAGCUGUGGAUUCCUAGUUCCUUUCCCUGGCAAAGAGAAGAGCAAAGUGAAGCUGGUGCAUAUCUUGGUUUCAUAAGCUGGGACACACUGACGCAAUCUGAGCCGGUGUGCACAUCUUGAGGUUUUUAAUUUGUGCUAAUUGUUGUUGCAUGUAAAUACAGUGGUGCCUCGCAAGACGAAAUUAAUCCGUUCCGCAAGAGUCUUCGUCUAGCGGUUUUUUCGUCUUGCGAAGCAAGCCCAUUGACGGAUUAGCGCUAUUAGCGCUAUCAGCUGUUUAGCGGCUAUUAAAGGCUUAAAGGCUUAGGGGAUUAGCUGCUAAAAGGCUAUUAAAGGCUAUUAAAGGCUUAGCAGAUUAGAUAAAGGGGAAAAGCGAAAAAAACCCUCAAGACUCGCAAGGUAUUUUCGUCUUGCGAAGCAAGCCCAUAGGGGAAUUCGUCCUGCGAAGCAACUUCAAAACGGAAAACCCUUUCGUCUAGCGGUUUUUCCGUCUUGCGAGGCAUUCGUCUUGCGGGGCACCACUGUAAAUAUAUAGCAAUGGAUAUCUUGCCUUGCUUAGAAGGGUUCUGUGUGGUGCCUGAGCAUUGACUGGAGGGGUGUGGAGGGACUGAAUUGACACUCAAAUUCAUUUUAUUCAUCCAGUCAGAUUUCUAGCCUGAGGAUGUAUUUACUUACUUCUGUCUCUAACUUAUUUCUUAAAAAGUAUAUCCUGGCCUUCAUUGCCCACUUGGCCACUGUGCCUGUGUUUGUCUGAUGGACAUGACUGACACCUAUGUAGACCAUGCUGAGUGUGCAAGCUAGACUAGGAACAUAAGGAGCUGCUUUACACUGAGACAGACCUUAGGUCCAUCUACUGCCUACAACGACUGGCAGCAACUCUCCAGGAGACAAUCUUCGCUGUCUCUUCGUGGAGACCCAGGUCACCGAGCCUGAGCUUCCACAGCCGCUGCCUGCCAUGAACCACCAAUGGCAGGAUGGCAGCAGCAACAGCAGAUAUGUUCUAUGCUUAUGAUAAUUAUUUUGUUCACUUGCUAAUUACGCUGUUUUAAAUGUGUAUUUUAUAUCUGACUUCCUUUAGCAAUGCUUAAGAUAAAAAAAAAUGUUGGGGUUGACUUUGCUACAUUAAAGGAGCAACCUGGCAUGUAUGAUCUGGCUGAGAUUCUUGCAUUGCAGGGAGUUGGACUUGAUGACCCUUGGGGUCCUUUCCCACUUAAUGAUUAUAUUCUGUGUGAUUGACAUCUUUUGUAAUGUUUGUUUUGAAAUCUUUUAAGGUAAUAUUUUAGUUUCCUGUUAAUUUCAGUCAUACCUUGGGUUACAGCCGCUUCAGGUUGCAUUUUUUCGGGUUACGCACCCGCUGAAACCCGGAAGUACUAGAACAGGUUACUUCUGGGUUUCGGCGGUUGUGCAUGCACAGAAGCACUAAAUCGCGUGUUGCGCAUGUGCAGAAGCACCGAAUUGCAACCUGUGUGUGAGCAGACACGCUGCUGCGGCUUGUGAAUGCUGCGGGUUGCGAACAUGCAUCCCGCACGGAUCAUGUUCGCAACCCAAGCGUCCACUGUAUAUUGCUUUGAGUGUAUGCUUGACUUGCUUCAGUAAUGUUUUAUUCUGGAUUGUUUCAUUUGGUGUUUUUAGGUAGGUUGUAAACCGCUUUGAGAUUCCCCCCCUUAAAAAUAUAAAGUGGUAUAGAAAUGAAAAUAAUAAUAAUAAUACUACACCACGAGAUGUCAACCAGGAUUGAACCUCUUCCAGUGAGCUAUGGCCCUUUCCAAGAAUAUAAGAAGCAGCCUCAUACAAAGUCACACCUUCGACCCUUUUAGCUCAGUAUUGUCUGUGCUGAUUGGCAGCAGUGGCUCUCCAGGAAUUCUUCACUGGGGACAUUCCUAGCCUUACCUGAAAAUGCUGGGAAUUGAACUCAGGACCUCCUGCACCCAAUGCAGAUGCUUUGCCACUCAGUGGUGGUCCAGGAGAGCUGAUAUUAGCCAGAGUGCCCAAAAUUGCACAGCAGCCACAGACUUUUGCUUUUCAUCAAGCACUUACUCAGAAGCAGUUAAUUGUGAUGGGUUUAACUGUUUGCCUAUUAUAUAUUUAUAUGUGUGUGUGUGUUUUAAUGUUGUCUUUCUUCUUCGAGCCCCUUUUCUGCAAGAUGGUGGUUCUGGCUCUUGCUGACAGGACUUUGUUGCUCCUGUGCAGUUGGGUAAGCAUUCAUUUUUUCCUCUGUCUCCUUUUUCUAUUGUACAGUAAUUCUCUCCCAAGUUGUUCUGAGUAGGGUUUAUCUUAAAUUUCCUGCUUCAUGAUGAUUCCUGAAUUCCUUAUUUAUGGUUGUGUGUUUUGCUUUGCUUUGUUUGUUUGUUUGUUUUUUUUGUUAAAUAUUUAUAUGCCAGUUUUACAGCAUUUCUUUAUAAAGCAGCUUACAAGAGCAGGAUGAGGAAUUAAAAUAAUGUAAAGGCAAUAAAAACAGAAAACAAUAACUAGAAAAUAUUUGGGGAGAGGGGGAUGGGGUAGAUUCCUUUAUGGAGAAAUGUCAAUGGCCUAAUAAAAAAAGAAAGGUUUUCUAGCCCAUUUGGAAGGCAAACAGCGGCCUCAUUUAAUGUUAGGAGAACAAUCUAUUAUAAACCUUGUGCUCACAUGCUGUCUCCUCUCUUCUGGGACCUCAGCAAGUUUCCAGUUAUAUUUUAGAUCAACCACAGUUUAACAUUACAUCUGCUCUCUAAACUGUGCCUAAUCUUAACCACCAUUAUUGAAAGCAAGCCAGCUUUAUAAACGAUUGCUUAUGGAGAGGCCACAUCACAUAUAGUUGAAGCUUUGGCAAUGUAUUCAAUGAUUCCUUUGACAGAGUCCCCACAUAACCUUUCUUUUUGUAUGCAAUUGAUAGGUAACAUGCUACAGGAUUUCUUGGAAUGGAUCAGCAUUAUUUUACUACAAUGUAAUAACAUACUCUAUUGACAUCUAUGCCUGGGUUCAGUUUAGGUUUUAGGUUAGUCUAAAGCAGAAGCUUUAUAAAGCUUUGACCAAACUGCGGGAGGCAGUGGAAGACAGGAGUGCCUGGCGUGCUCUGGUCCAUGGGGUCACGAAGAGUCAGACACGACUAAACAACAACAACAAAAACAACAACAAAGCAGAAGCAGAAGUUUUUAAACAUCCCUUGUGGCAGAGUUGGAGGUUGGGAUGGUUGCACACAAGCCUAAGUCUCCUCUUUGUAAUGCUAAACCAUAGCUUAGUUCUAUGUGCAAACACAAUCGUUUCCCUUUUUCAUAGAGCUGUUCCCCAGCCUGAGGCACAGUCGCAAGUACUUUAAUUUCUAGCUGUUCAUACUGAAGAGAAAGGUAACUGAAGCAUAUCCUAGAUUGCUGCCUGUGGGACCAAUUUGGCACAAAUUCAAAGGCUCUUCCUGAACAGGCAGGAGCAUGACAAAUGCCAAGAAAUGUUCUUGCAUACAUCUUCCAUUCAUUUUCCAGGGAGUUAUGCAGGAGACGGUUCUCUUGGACUUUAAUCUUAGAUUGUCAGUGACCUUUAAAAGGUCUGAAUUCAGCUCUGCUCUGUUUGGGAACAUUUCACACAUUUUAAAUAAUUUACAUUUUGGUAGGUCUGAGUGGUUUCAUUGCUAUUUAUUUAUUGAUUGCUGCAUUCACAGGGUGAAAUAUAUGGGCCUCUUCACGUACAUCCUGCUUUUGGCCAUUGCAGGAGUCCACUCCUGGCAACUGAUCGGUGACCAGAACUUGCUCAAUGUAAGUAGCAAAGUGCCUUGUGUAUGCGUUGCCCGCCUUUAGAACAGGAAUAGCCAACAUGGGGCCCUCCAAAUGUAGUUGAACUAUAACUCCCAUCAGCCUCAGUCAGUUUAGCCAAUGGCCAUGGAAGUUUGGAGCUAUUUUUAUUUAUUUAUCAAAUCAAAUCAAAUCAAUAAAUUUAAUUUUUAUUUAUUAAAUUUGUAUCCUGACCUUUCUCCCAAAGGAACUCAAGGAGAGCAGGCAUCAAAGUGUUAAAACAACACACAAUUUAAAGCAACAGUUAUACAAAACAUGACAGAAACCAUGAACAGCAUUGUGAUUUUAAACACACACACACACACACACACACACACACACACACACACUUGUUAAAGUUUCCAGGGCCACUUUGGAAAGAAAUUCACUCAGGGAACCAAAUCCAUCCUGUGUCGCAAUGACCACCAGCUUUCACAGCCUCAAAAUAAGAUUUGACUUAUUUAUUUAUUAAAAUGUAUAUACCGCUCACAAGAUCUCAGGGCGGUUCACAGAAUAAAAUGCAAAAUAAAAACACAAGUAAAUAAUUAAAAGCAACAAAUUCGUGUAGGAUAAGGCUAUCCAUGGCCGCUGGUAUUACCUCCAGACUCCAGUUACUGCAGAACAGAAAUGGGAGAGGGGCUAUUGCCUUCCUGCCCAGCCUGUGCAUGUACUGGAGGCAUAUGAUUAACUGUGGGAAACAGGAAGCUGGAAUGAGAUAGGCCUUCAGUCACAUCCCAUAGGGCUCUUCUGAGUUGUCCAUUCUUGUUUCUAGGUGUGAAAAGCAACCUUUUUUAGGGGGGUGUUUCCUCUUUCCUCCUAGAUGUCCCUGCUGUGCCACUUGCUAGCCAGAGGUCUGGCCCUCGUGAUCCUCCCAGUAGCCACAUACCUGUCUUUCUUCUACAUCCACUUGGCUUUGCUGUAUCGCUCAGGGCCACAUGACCAGAUCAUGAGCAGUGCUUUCCAAGCGAGUUUGGAGGUAAGGAGUGGGAGAAGGGGCAGGGGCUGCAGAGGCAGGGGAGGGUUCUUUUUCAGAAAGAAUGCACUAAGAUAUAAAUUUGUAAAGAAAAUAAUUGUUCACGUGCUUUUAUUGGCAUUGUCUGUUUUGCUGGAAAAUUGGCUUGUUGGAGUUUUUGAGAGCCCUGUUAACUAUGCAACCAUUUCUGGAUCCUGAGCUAUGUUUUAAAUGAGUUCAGUCCCAUCUACAAAUGAUUCAACCAUUGAGCAUAUACAUGAAAUGCAUAGGAGCAUAGGAAUGUGCCUUAUACUGAGUGAGACAGUUGUUCCUUCUAGCUCAGUAUUGAUCCAACUAGUUCAGCAUUGUCUCUACUGUAUUUCAGACAACAGUUUCUCCCAGCCUUUCUGGGUGAUAAACGUGGGGCCUUCGGCACGGAAGGCAGGUUCUCUACUGACACUGAGCUACAGCCCUUCCCCUAAAGCAUGGGAAGCUUCCUUAUACCAAGUCAGACCAUUAGUCUAUCUAGCUCAGUUGUUUUCUACACUGAUUGGCAGCAGUUCUCCAGCAUUUGACAUUCCCACCUCUACCUGGAGAUGCCAUUGAAGAUUGAACCACGUAUCUUCUGAAUGCAAAACUGAGCUGCUGCCCUUCCCAAAUAGAGGCUACUUAGAUUCUGGUGUGUACUUGGGCAUAGCAAAGGACAACAUUAAAAUCAGGUGUUUCCAUUUGUUCUCUGCAUUUUGCGGCUCUUUCUAGGGUGGUCUCGCUCGGAUCACGCAAGGCCAGCCUCUGGAGGUGGCAUAUGGCUCCCAGAUCACCUUGCGCAACAUCCUGGGGAAACCCAUGCCCUGCUGGCUGCAUUCUCACAAGAAUACUUACCCUAUCAGGUGAGAGAGAGGAGAGAACCUUUGCUCUAAGUCAGGGUGACACAGAGGACAUUGUGUCUGACUUUGGUGUCUCUUAACUACUUUAAUAUCUGGAGCAAUACCUUAGUGAGAUUUUUUGCUUCAUUGAAUUUCCAAAAUGGCCUUUGGGUUGAACAAGCUGCCUCUGGACUUGUGAGUUUUGCAGUCAUGGUAUAGGUUUCUUUUGCACUGUGGGUAGUAGGGAUGGGGACUUUGGGUGGUACUUUCCUGCUUUUAGUGGACUACAACUCCCAUCACUCCUGACAGUUGCCCAUGCUGGCUGCAGGGGCUUUUGGGAGUUGGAGUCUAACAAUAGUUUGAGGUCAUCAGGUUGUGUUGCUGAACUACAACUCCCAUCAUCCCCAUACCAUUGGCCAUGCUGACUGCAGGGGCUGAUGGGAGUUGGAGCCCACUAACAUUUGGAGAUCUCCCAGAUUCCCCAGCCUUAACUAAGGAGAGAUAUCUCCCUCUUUCCAUGGAGGAAUGUCUCUUCUAAAUAGAAGCAUUAUUCUGUCUCUUGCAGAUAAUGCUAAUUGUUAGAUCAGGGGAUUGGGUAUCCUUGGUUUCCAGGUGUUGCUGGACUACAACUCCUAUCAUCCCUGACUAUUAGCCAUGCUGGCUGGAGGCUGAUGGGUGUUGGAGUCCAGCUACAUCUGAAGGGCACCAGAUCCCUUGCUCCUAUUCCGUAUAAUCCACAGUAUCACAGGAACUCAGAAAUUGUGAUGACUUCCCCCACCACCAGAGCAAGCCAACUUUUUUUAAUGCAGUGAGGAUUCCCCCCCCCCCCCCGCCCCUGCUGGGCUGUUGAUUGAGAUAUACUCCUAGUAUCCAAAUCAGAGGCAAUCAUGCCUCAGAAUACUAGUUGCAGGAAAUCACAGGAUGGGAGGCAGCUCACGUGCCCAGUUCCUGCUUGUGGGUUUUUCACAGGUGUCUGGUUGGCCACUGUGACAACAGGAGGGUGGCCUGAUGUGAUGCUUUGGGAGUGAAUCUUUUCCACAAGUUCCAUUCUUUAUCCCUAGGUAUGAAAACGGCCGUGGAAGCUCCCACCAGCAACAAGUCACCUGCUACCCUUUCAAGGACGUCAACAACUGGUGGAUCGUGAAGGACCCUGGGAUGUAAGUAGACAGACACUUCUCUAAAAAAGGGGUGGGAAGCCCCCUUUCCAGGCCCAGGGCUGCAUUCUCUUUCUGAGCAACCUUUCCAAACUAUGCAAGAGAGGAAAAAGCAAGAGAUAUUGCUUGAUGCAUUUUUACAAAACUGAGCUGGGAUGGGCAUGGGGGUGCAAGAUUUAUUUUGAUUUGGGGUUUUUUGUUUUUUAAGCACAAGGAUCACGCCAGGUGUGUUUAUAAAUUGAAAUUGUAGAUAUGAUCUAAUGGGUUGAGAGUGGUCAGCACCUCACGUUGCAAUCAACAGAGGGGCCCUCAUGCUAGUUUUGCCUCACUCAGAAGCUUGGAGUGGUGACCCAGGAAAGGGCCUUCUCUGUGGCAGCCCCUCAGUUGUGGAAUCCCCACUCGUUUCACAGAGGUCUGCCUGGCACUUUCACUAUACAGUUGUUGGCAAUUGCUGAAGGAGUGCCUCUUUUACCCUGGCCUUUGACACCUGGGAUACAUAUUUUUAGGACCCACCCUGGAACCUUAGGGUGAAAUGUGAGUAAUGAAUCAAUAGUGAUGAUGAUGAUGAUGAUGAUGAUGAUAAUGCUGAUGAUGCUUCUACUGCUCUCUGAUAUUUGUAAAACCAGCAGUUAUUUUGAGCUUCCUCUGGAUUACCAGUUCUCUUAGAUGUCUUUAUUAUUUUCUUGUAUUUAUCCCAUGUACAUCCUACCCUUCCUCCCAAAGAGUAAAAUAAAAACAUAGUUGAAACAUUUUGAAAUGUUUUUGAAAAUUACCUACUCUCACAGUUACUAAUUUCAAAGCUGCCUGGAAACAAUAUCCUUUCAGCCAUCAAACGGUGAGGGUUUUUGAAUCCCUCCUGAAUGGGAGCCAGGUGUAAAUCAUUCCAAAAAUGAAAGGACUGUUGGUUUCUGCUUUCCUUCACUGUGCAGCAACUGCUUGUCAUGAGACAGGUGUUUACAUUCCACAGUCUGUACUGUUGGAGUUUCUCACGGGAAAGGGAGACUGGAUGUGACGUACACUGGUUUCCUGUUUUUCACUGUGUGAUUCUCUCCGAGCUGAGAGAGGAGAGAGGAUGCAUUUUCUGCUCUUGCAGAGGCAAGAUGUCUUUCUGUAAUAUACCAGCUUUGAACUGUAAAUAAAGCAAUAUAGAGUAUGUAGCAUGUAUUUCUCAUCCUUCCGCUGGGCACAACAAGACUCUGCUUUAAAUCAACACGUGGUUAUGGACUCCAGAGGUCGAAUCGGAGUGCCGGCAAAGGAUCGGAAUGCAGAGGGACGGAUCGGAAAGGAAUCUGCUCUGCGCGUAGAAGUGAUUGAUGAGGUAUGUGCUACUGCUCCGGGCAGCCUGCCAGCUUCAAGUUAAUGGCUUUAUGGCUGGACUUUGAACUUUUAAAGCCGGUUUUGCCGGGAAUAGGCAAAAGGCUCCCAGGCACAAGUCACUAUGCUGGGGAAAUCGAAAGUAACUUUUAAGUGUGCCUUUGUGAUAAGGCAGCUGCAGCAGUGACGCAGCAAGAAUUAAAGCAGCAUAUAUAUGACGCUGAAGGCUAAUGCCAGAGUCAUGAUGGCCCUUCAGGAUGCUUGUGGGAUUCCUAAGCUCAACAAGAAUAAUUACAGCGACUGGGUUCAGUAUGCAGAGGCAAUUCUGCGGAAAGAGGGUUUGUUUGAGGUGAUUACAGGAACCCCCAGUUCCAGUUACAGAUGCAUGGGAAGCUAAGGAUUCCAAAGCAAGGGGAACUCUUACAUUGAUAGUAUCCCCAGAAGAGCUCUGUCUAUUGCGUGAUAAGACCUCAGCCAGAGAAAUUUGGGACGCUCUGAGAGAGGCUCACUUAAGGACAGAAGCUGGGUCCACUAUGUUUUACUUUAACAAGCUGCACAAUAUGGCUCUUGCUGAAGGUGGAGAUGUGCGUUUACAUCUGAUGCAGAUGCAAAAUCUGAGACAUGAGCUGCAACAGAGAGGACUCAACUUUCCAGAGGCUGUGUAUUCUUUCAUGAUACUACAAUCUUUGGGUUCAGGUUGGGAGUCUGUUGCAACCCAGAUUGCUGUGCAACCAACUGCUCAGCUGACAGUGGACUUUGUUACUGCCGUGAUUUUAAAUGAAGCAGAUCGCCGGGUGCUAGCUGCAUGGGCAAGGGGGAGUCUUCACAGACGUCAUCCCAUAGUGCAGUGGAACCACCAGAUGGCGCCAACGCUUUGAAGGCAGUGAAAUGCUACUCGUGUGGACGUCUAGGCCAUAUGAAGAGGGAAUGCAGACAUCCCAGGGCCAAGACAGAGCAGCGCAGCGAAAGCUCAUCGCGCGGAAAAGGCCGAGGCAAAGGCAAAGGUCCGGUGUCUAGGACAACGCAGCACAAGGCUAUGGUUUCACGCUUCACUCCAAAGGUUGCAGAGGUCCAGAAGACGUCUAGAUCUUUCUUCGUUGUUGAUUCAGCGGCCACCCACCACAUGUGCAACGAUAAGAAACUGUUUGUGUCUUUUACACCGCAGGAAGGUGCGAUUCACCAGGCGGAUGACCACACUAUUCCCAGUAAAGGCUACGGAACUGUUGUUCUUCACAGUUUGGACUUAUCGAUACAGAAUGUGCUUUACGUGCCAGACGCCAAACAUAAUCUGCUCAGCGUUGGACAGCUGAAUGAGCGGAACAUUGACGUUUCCUUCAAGAACAAGAAGUGCAUCAUCACAAAGAAAAAUGAUUAUGUAUUGCAUGCAGAAUAUGUUGUUCAUUUGUUUGUUUUAUAUUAUGAUGAUGUGGUGCAGGAUGACACUUGUUGCAUUGCAGGUUCUAACAAAAGUUUGCAUGCAGAAUGUAUUCACGAUUUUCAUCGAAAAUUUGGUCAUUUGAAUUUUGAGGCAGUAUCUAAAAUGCCUGCCUUGGUUGAAGGUAUGACUAUUAAACCCUGCAGGUACCACAUGAAGUGCAAAGCAUGCGCAGCAAACAAGGUGAAAAUGGCUGCGAAAGGUAAGGUGUCUAGUAAGAAAGCUACAGAACCAUACCAGGUUGUUCAUGCUGAUUUGGUUGGUCCAUUAGCGCCCUCUUUGGGUGGAAAUAGAUACUUCAUGGUUCUCAUUGAUGCAUUUUCUAGAUAUAUUUUUGUGUACAAUCUCAAGCAGAAAUCGGAGGCUUUUCCUAGGUUCAAGGAAUUCUGUGCUUGAUUGGAAAAUGUGCAUGGUAAGAAGAUAAAGACUCUUUUCAGUGAUCGCGGGGGGGAAUUCACUUCUCAGCAGUUUGAAGCUUUUCUGACUGAGAAAGGAAUUCAACACGAUUUGUCUAGUCCUCGCUCGCCAUGGCAGAAUGGACUUGCGGAACGGGCAAAUCAGACAUUGCUUCAAGGGUUAAAAACCUUGCUGCAUGAUGCCAAUCUUCCAGAGAGUUAUUGGGCCGAAUCUCUCUCGUGUUUUGUUUACAGUUACAAUCGCAGGUUAUCUUCAGCGAUUGGAUGUACCUCUAUGAGAAGAUGUUUGGCAAGAAGCCAUACAUCAAACACAUGAAGAUUUUUGGUUCUGACAUGUGGGUUCGCUCACCACAAAACUCCAAGUUAGACAAGCGUGGAUUGCAUGGUAUCUUUCUAGGUUAUCAGAAAGGGUCUUACAGAAUAAUGAUGACUGACUCUAAGACAAUUAAGCUCACGAGAAGUGUUGAGUACAAUGCAAAGUGGGGGAGAAUGUGGGAAUUUUCCAAUGUUAUCCUGAUGACGGUGAUGAGACUGAGGAUAGUCAAAAGCAACCACAACAGCCCACACCCACUGAUGAAGGUUCUGAGUCUGAAUCUGAAACUGAAUCGGGUGAUUCAGAGGAUUUCAAGAGUGCGAAAGCCUCUAUGCGACCCUCUGAAAGCUCUGAUCAAGAAUUGGAGGAACCAUUGUUCACAAUAGGUCGUUUUUCUCCUAAGAAGGAAGAGGAGAGUGUUGAAGACUUAAGGAUAAUUCGUAGGUCACAGAGAGCCACAAAAGGCAAACCUCCAAAGAGAUUUGCUGAUGAGUUUGCUACGAUAGCAGUAACAGCUGUUAAAAGCUCCAAGAAGGUAUUUGAACCUUCAAGUUUCCAAGAAAUCCAGGGUUUGGAUUCGAAGGAAGCUGAGCCAUGGUUAAAUGCCAUGAAGGCUGAGCUUGAUUCCUUAGAAAGGAACAAAACAUGGGAGCUAGUUCCAGUAGUUCCAGGAAUGAAACUGCUUGGAAGCAAAUGGGUCUUCAAAGCGAAGACAGAUCAAAAUGGCAAGAUAGUCAGACACAAAGCCAGAUUGGUAGCCAGAGGUUUUGCACAGGUACCAGGUGAAGACUAUCACGAAACCUAUUCACCCACAGUGAGAUAUGAAAGCAUUAGGCUUAUGCUUAAGCUAGCUGCAGAGGAAAAUCUACACAUUAGUCACCAUGAUAUUAAUACAGCUUUUCUGUACGGAUCUCUAGAUGAAUCACUUUAUAUGCUUCCACCUGAUGGCGUACAGGUAAAACAGGGAUUUGUUUGUGCUCUGAAGAAAUCCUAUAUGGUCUCAAACAAAGUGCACGGUGUUGGCACACAAAACUCACUGAAGUAUUGUUUUCUCUAGGUUUUCAGCAAGGGAAAGCUGAUCCAUGUGUAUUUGUCAAAGAGGAGGGGCAAAAGAAACUGUACUGUUUGUUUUAUGUUGAUGAUUUAUUAUUCUUUUGGAAAGAUGUCGCAAUGUACAAUAACGCCCUAGCUCAACUGAAAAAGCACUUUGACAUGAAAGAUCUUGGUGAGGUAAACAACUACCUAUCUCUGGAAAUAGAGAGAGAUCAAGAUAGUAACAUUCUAGUACACCAGUCACGGAAAAUUGCUGAUGUGUUAAGCAAACUAAAUCUGAUGGAUGCUAACCCUGUAGACACACCGAUGACAACAGGUUAUCAGGUAAAUGACACUGAAGAAGCAUUUUCUGACACUACACUGUACAGGAGUGUGCUAGGCAAGCUAAACUUCAUUGCCAGAUGUUCAAGACCAGACAUUGCUGUUAGCUGUAAUUUGCUAAGCAGACAAGUCAACAAUCCUAGUGUCAAGGAUUGGAAAGCUCUGAAACGCAUAGCGCGGUAUUUGAAAGGCACUAUGCAUUACAGACUGAGAUUUAACAAUCAGAAGUCUGGUGGUCUUGAGAUAUUUGCAGAUGCAAGUUUUGGAAGUGACGCUACAGACAGGAAAGUACGUCUGGAGUUUGCUAUAUGUACAAUCAGAGUCUGUUUGAUUGGUCAUGCAAGAAGCAAACAACAGUUAGCUUAAGUACUUGUGAAGCUGAACUGAAUGCACUGUCUUAUUCACUUAAGGAUUGUGAAUGGUUAGUACAAUUGUGCAAAGAUAUGAAAAUUCCUGUCAAAUGUCCAAUCCAGGUUUACCAGGACAACAAAGCAUGUUUGGCUUUGCUGAAGUCUGAAGGUUGUGAGCAAAGCACAAAGCACUUGCAAUUAAAGUUGCAGCAUGCUAGGGAAUGUAUUCAGAAGGGACUCGUAACGGUGUCCUAUAUGCCAGGUAAUGAAAUUCCUGCUGAUGUAUUGUCCAAGAUUAUAUCAAGGGAUCAACACUGUACCUAUGUGCAGAAGUUGGGUUUGUACUGAUACUGUACGAACACGCUGCCCAGUGAUGUUCACAGAAAGGGGGAGGAUGUUGGUUUCUGCUUUCCUUCACUGUGCAGCAACUGCUUGUCAUGAGACAGGUGUUUACAUUCCACAGUCUGUACUGUUGGAGUUUCUCACGGGAAAGGGAGACUGGAUGUGACGUACACUGGUUUCCUGUUUUUCACUGUGUGAUUCUCUCCGAGCUGAGAGAGGAGAGAGGAUGCAUUUUCUGCUCUUGCAGAGGCAAGAUGUCUUUCUGUAAUAUACCAGCUUUGAACUGUAAAUAAAGCAAUAUAGAGUAUGUAGCAUGUAUUUCUCAUCCUUCCGCUGGGCACAACAAGACUCUGCUUUAAAUCAACAAGGACGCUGUCACUGGUCAAUGCCAACCAGGCAGCAUCCAGCACCACCACCAACAGGGCCUCCCCCUGCCAGUUAAAGGGCUCAAGAUGGUUGAUGUUAAGGGAGACACUCCUUUAGGUAAUUGAGUCCCAAGCUGACUGCAGCACUGCUUGAUUCCAGUGGUGGCUGGUGCCCACCGGGACUCAUAGAGAGGAAUUAAGGUACUGAACAGUAGAUGGCGGCAGAGCAAAUGACAGGCAGAGCCCACCUAUUCUGUCCCCCGUACCCCAUCCUCUAGGGACGCGAGUGGCACUGUGGGUUACACCACAGAGCCUAGGACUUGCCGAUCAGAAGGUUGGUGGUUCGAAUCCCCGCGACGGGGUGAGCUCCCCUUGCUCGGUCCCUGCUCCUGCCAACCUAGCAGUUCGAAAGCAUGUCAAAAUGCAAGUAGAUAAAUAGGUACCGCUCUGGCGGGAAGAUAAACGGUGUUUCUGUGUGCUGCUCUGGUUCGCCAGAAGCGGCUUAGUCAUGCUGGCCACAUGACCCGGAAGCUAUACGCUGGUUCCCUCGGCCAAUAAAGCGAGAUGAGCGCUGCAACCCCAGAGUCGGUCACAACUGGACCUAAUGGUCAGGGGUCCCUUUACCUUUACUCCAUCCUCUACAAGGGGCAAUAUGGAGACCAAGGAGGAGGAAGCUGACAGGCAGAACCACUCCCUGAUCUGGUUGUAAGUAAAAAGACAGGCAGGCAGGGGCUGGCUGAGGGCAGACUGAAGCUGGUGGGGCAGUUCCCUUAUUUGUCGUAAUGGACCACCCUCCACUGCUUGACACCCUCAGACAUAUUUCUCCUGGUUUUUUAGCCUAGGUCUGGUUUUCUCUUUCUUUUCUUGAACAUUUCACUUACCUCUUUCCUAAUUACUUUGGCUAAUUACUGGGACCUGCUCCAUUUUGGUAUUUCCAGGCCUGCUAACUCCCCCUGUAUCAUCUUUGCACAUCUCUCAAAACAGGCAGCAGCUGGUGGUGAGCAACCCCCCUCGCCCUGUGCGCCACGGCAGCAUUGUGCAGCUUGUUCACGGGAUCACAACUCGCUACCUCAACACGUAAGUAGCCCUUGGCUCUCAGAAAGGUUGCUUCUGCCCCCAGCUGCAAUGAUUAAGCUUUGUUCAGAUGGUAAUUUACAGUAGACAUCCAGCAUUUUAAAAAGAGGAGAUAUCUGGCAGGCAUGCACAGGUAAACAAGAACAUAGCUCAGUUGGUUAGAGUGUUGUGCUGACAAUGCCACCGGUUGCAGGUUCAGUCCCCAUGAUUCUACUUGAUAAGAAGAGCUUAGCUAUUGAAUCAGGGCAGAAGCAUCCUGAUUCCUGGCAACUGGUAUCCAGAACCAUACUUACUGCAAGAACAGAGGUAGAACAUAGCCCUGGUGGCUACUUGCCAUUCGUAUCCUUAUCCUACGUGAAUUUGUCAACUCCCCCUUUAAAGCCAUCCAAGUUGGGAGCCACCGCUAAAUCUUGAUGAAAGCAAGUUCUGUACAUAAAAGAGACAGAUGGCCUUCAGGUAACCAGCACCUAAGCCAUGAAGGGGGUUUAAAUGUCAAAACCAGCAUUGGGAAGCUGGUUUGGGAGUGGGGGUGGGGUCAGUACAAGUUGCCAAAGCACAGCGUGUAACAAUCACAUGGCCCUGCUACCAUUAAAGUAAUUGAGCAGCUACAUUUUCCCUUUUAACGGAAGUAGCUGCAAGGAACAGCACAGGUCAGGUGCUAAAGUAGCUCCGUGGAGAGGCUUUAAGGAAACUGCUCUGCAUCUCUUUUAUCCAUCUGCCUUUACAGACAUGACGUUGCUGCGCCCCUGAGCCCUCAUUCCCAAGAGAUUUCCUGCUACAUUGAUUACAACAUUUCCAUGCAGGCUCAGAAUCUCUGGAGAGUGGUGAGUUGUUGAUCGGAGGGAAGGGAAUCACACACCCCAUAUUCUCCAAUCUGAGAUGAGCAAGGCUUCUUAAAGACUCUCCUCACAAUAGGGAUGGAAAAACCUGUCAAUUUUAGUUUCUUAUUUUGUAUCACAGUGAUGGCUCACACAUUCAGUUCAGCAACCUUUGCGCACACAUGGGAGGAACAGGGUCUCUUUUGAAAUACCCAGAUGUUGCAGUGGGAGGAAGACCCAGACACCUGUGCUCCUUCACUCACACCCAAUCCUGCCUGCUUCGCACUGUCAAGGCAUUCUUGGUGAUGUUGAAAUACUAUCCUUCCAAUGAUUAUAUAAUGCAAACAUAGAAUCAACAUGUUGUGCAUUUAAAACUGAACGUUUAGAGCAGGGUUGUGGGGAACCUCAGGCCUGGGGCAUGAUGUUGACCUCCAGACGUCUCUGGCUGGUCAUCAGGAUUCUUGUCAGGUGACACUCCCUCUUGCUAAGCCACACUCCUCAUUAGUCCUGCUCCAUGCCCCUCUUCAGAGCUUUGCCUGGUUGAAAUGUGCUCUUGAACUGUGAUCAUGUUUCUUCCUUGCCAAAGUGAAGAAUAGGCAUUUGUGUGUGUGACAUUGGAAUAAAUAUAUCCUCCUGUACAAAGGUGAAAUUUACAUUCAUGGCUCCUCCCACUACUGGCAUGUGUCCCUUAGAAGCUUGCGCAAAAGGAAUGUGGCUCCCAGGCUGAAAAGGCUUUCCCAGCCCAGUUUUAGGGGGAGAGGUGAAAGGGAAGGAGUCUCUUAAACAAACCCACGUUAAAUACCUGCAGGCUGUGUUUCUUGGCUGGAAAAGUCAACUCAGCUGCAAACAGCUCAACUAUAAAAAAUGAUCAGAAUUCAAGUGAUAACUUGCUAUUAUUGCAGGAAAUUGUGAACCGAGACUCGGAUACAGAUGUCUGGAAAACAAUCCUGUCUGAAGUAAGGCUUGUCCAUGUGAACACCUCGGCAGUGCUAAAGGUAUGUGGGUUUUGGAGUUUCCCCACCCCCAGAGCUUCCCACCAGGAAUUGUGCAGAGGCACAGCAGGCAACCCACUUCAUGACUUUGGGCUCCUGGAAGCCUUUAUUCAUUUGAUUUAUUACAUGCGAACUCAGCCUUGCCCAACACGAGUCUGCCCCUGUGGCUUGAUGGAGGUAGAAACUGUCUUUCAUGCCUUGUUACGCUGCCAUUUCUACAGGGAUAUAUGCUUGGUAUUUAUUACCCCUGCUAUGCAAAAAUCUCCAAAUAAAUCCGAACUUCAGUGUCUAAAAUCCCUGGUAGAGGACAAGGAUCCUGAGAUCACAUUAAGGGUAGCCAAAUUCCGUGUGAUUGCCAUAAAACUUAGGGAACAAGCUGUGCUAUCAUAACGAUUAAGGCCUUAAAUGAUAAUUUUAGGUUAUAUGUUAGUGACUAAGUUUUCAUUUAUAUAUUUUUUAACUGUUGCUAUAUCUGUAUUGUCCCUGUUAUACCUAAUUGCAAAUUCAAAUGUAUCCCUAUUGUGUUUUAUGACUUCCUUGAUAUUGUAUGUGGGCUGGAAUUGGUCUGUGACCGAAAUAAUAAAAUUCAAGCCUUGACCAAUCUGGGACUCUUGUUCUGGACUAGGAAGAGCUUGGCUGCUGGAUCAGGCCAGCGGCCGAGCUAGUCCAGCAUCCUGUUCUCAUGGUGGCCAACCAGAUGCCCCAAAGGGAAGUCCACAGGCAGGAUCUGAGCACAACAGCAACUCUCCCCUCCUGCAGUUUAUAGAAACUGGUAUUCAAGAGCAUAUUGCCUCUAACUAUGUAGAUAGAACACAAGCACAAUGGCGUUUAGCCAUUGCUAGCCUUCUCCUCCAUAAAUUUGUCCAGUCCUCUGAAGGCUACAUGGUCAUCAUCACUGCCUCUUGCGAGUGAAUUCCGAAGCUAUAACUCAGUGCUGUGUGAAGAAGGACUACAACUCCCAUCAGCCCCUGCCGGUAUAGCCAGUGGUGAGGGAUGAUGGAUGUUGUAGUCCAGCAGCAUCUGGAAGGAACCAGGUUGGUGGGGUGAAGCAGCACAGUUUGUGAACAGCUGUGCUGUGGGCUUCUUUGCAUCACUAUUGGCUGCUAUAAUUUUUGUUUUGGGAAUGAAAGACAGCCGGCAGCCAAUCAGUUUUCUCUUCUUUCCCUAUCCUGCAGCUCAGUGGCGCAUCUCUACCCGAGUGGGGCUAUCGGCAGCUGGAGAUAAUCGGGGAAAAGAUUUCUAAAGGCUACCACCAGAGCAUGCUGUGGAACGUGGAAGAACACAGAUAUGGGAAAAGUCAGUUCAAAAUCUAAACACUCUUUAAGACCAUUAUGCAGGGCUGGGAAAGUCUCCUGUCUGAAACCCUGGAGAGCUGCUGCCAGUUAGUGCCAACAGCACUGAGCUGAUGUAGCAUUGGUCUGACUCAGGUUCCUAUUUAAAACCAGCUCAAGCAUUACCCCAGUCAGGAGCAACCAGUAAGCAGCAAUCAGGUCCUUUGGGUUCUCAGUAAAUGGAGGGCAACAAACUCUUAAGGAGCAGAAGCAAGCUUUUUUAACUGCUAUAAUAAUAAGCAUAGAAACAGCAACAGGUGUUAGUAUACAAAGUGAAGAUAAUUAAAAGAUAUAAGGGAAUAAACUUAAAGAUACCUGUCAUUUCUGCCAGUGAGAUUCCCGGAACCGGUGACAGCUCCGCUCUUACUUAGGCCAAAAUAUGCUUGGCACUUUACCUGAGCAGUCUAAGCUGAAAUCUCAUCGCUGGGGCUGGGGCCUUAUAUAUUAUUAUUAUUUAUAUUUACUGAAUUUAUAUACCACCCUAUACCUGCAUCUGUAGAGGCCCUGUGCCAGAUUACGUAGUCUUUGAUAUACAGGUUCUCAUGAUGCCAUCGUUUUCUCAUCCACUUCUAAGGGUAUGUCCUUGGAGUUCACACUUGGAAGUUGGCACAUGAGGGAAGCUGUCCUCUUCCUGACCUCCCUGUUAUAUUCUCUGGCUGGCACCCUUGAACUUCUGCCAUUACUUUCGUUAUAGCAAAUAUAUAAACAAUAGAAACUACAGCUGCAUCAGAAGACAGGAGAAGCACCACCUAGUGCCUAUUUCUCGUGACACUACAGAUCAUUAUUCAGGACCAUGAGGACUAGAACCUUGUGUUUACUUUUAGGGAAAGGCCCAUAGUUCAGUGGCAGAGCAUUUGCCCUUUAUGCAGAAGAUCUCAGGUUCAAUCCCUGGUAUCUCAGUUUGGGGCUGGGAGAGAUUCCCUGCCUGAAACAUUGGAGAGCCGCUGCCACUCAGAGUAGAGAGUAUUGAGCUACGUGGACCCCAAUGGUCUGUAUAAGGCAGCUUCCUAUGUUCCUUUAAAAUGUGUUGCAUCCAAGGACCUGCAUGCUUUUAGAACUUUUAUAAAAAAGUGUUGUAGGGAAGCUUACUAUUUCUCUUCCUCCCUCCCCUGCGAAUCGGGUUAUGUCUCAGACCAGUUUGUUUCGGCUUCUCUUCCAGGCCACGAACAGAAGGAGAGGGAGGUGGAGCUGCAUUCCCCAACGCAGAUCAGCAUCAGCCAGAACCUCAGUUUCAUGGCCAAGUUCACGGAACUGCAGGUGAGAAGCAGAGAGAGGUUGAAGGCAGCAAAGAGUAUAGAAUCAUCGAAUCAUAGAGUUGGAAGAGACCACAAGGGCCAUCGAGUCCAACCCCCUGCCAAGCAGGAAACACCAUCAGAGCACUCCUGACAUAUGGUUGUCAAGCCUCUGCUUAAAGACCUCCAAAGAAGGAGACUCCACCACACUCCUUGGCAGCAAAUUCCACUGUCGAACAGCUCUUACUGUCAGGAAGUUCUUCCUAAUGUUUAGGUGGAAUCUUCUUUCUUGUAGUUUGGAUCCAUUGCUCCGUGUCCGCUUCUCUGGAGCAGCAGAAAACAACCUUUCUCCCUCCUCUAUGUGACAUCCUUGUAUAUAUUUGAACAUGGCUAUCAUAUCACCCCUUAACCUCCUCUUCUCCAGGCUAAACAUGCCCAGCUCUCUUAGCCGUUCCUCAUAAGGCAUCGUUUCCAGGCCUUUGACCAUUUUGGUUGCCCUCCUCUGGACACGUUCCAGUUUGUCAAUGUCCUUCUUGAACUGUGGUGCCCAGAACUGGACACAGUACUCCAGGUGAGGUCUGACCAGAGCAGAAUACAGUGGCACUAUUACUUCCCUUGAUCUAGAUGCUAUACUCCUAUUGAUGCAGCCCAGAAUUGCAUUGGCUUUAGCUGCCGCGUCACACUGUUGGCUCAUGUCCAGUUUGUGGUCAACCAAGACUCCUAGAUCCUUUUCACAUGUACUGCUCUCAAGCCAGGUGUCACCCAUCUUGUAUUUUUGCCUCUCAUUUUUUUUGCCCAAGUGCAGGAGCCACCCAGAGAAUCUCCCCACUGAAGCCCAGUGCAGGAGCCACCCAGUUGAAGUCUUGCACCAUAAAGAAGACAGAAAGACCAGCCUGUUCCCAUAGGAGAACUUGGCACUGAGCUCACCUGUGGAAAACCUCCAGACAGUGUUGAUGGGAGUUGUUCUCUAACCCGGUGCCCUCCAGAGGUUUUUGAACUCCAGUUCCCAUCAGCCCCAAACAGGGGGUGAUGGGAGUUGUAGUCCAACAAGAUCCCUGACAGCCACAGGUUCCUCACCUUCCAGCUUCAUAGGCUGACAUAAAUAGAUUUUUAAAAUGUUUUAUUAUUACUGUUUCAUUUGCAGGUGGAAAAUCCAUUGUAAGGUGAAUAGCUUGGGCAUUGUGUGUGACUCACAGAAGGGGCUGGGUGGGCCAGACGAGCAGCUUUGGAGGCAGAAGACCCCAGGCCCAGUACCUGGUAUCUCCAUUUAAAGGAUGUGAGUUACCUGGGCUGGGAAAUCCUCUUGCUUGAAAGCCAAGCACCUCAUCAGCGGAGACACAGCACUGGGCUGGGUGGACCCAGUGGUCUUUCUGAGUAUAAGACGCAGGGCCAGUGAUGAGGCCCCUCUGGCCCUCCAGAUGUCUCUGGACUGCAACUCCUUCCCUUCCCUUAAGGUUGAUGGGACCUGUGAGGUCCAGCAUCAUCAGGAGGGUUGCAAACACCCCAUCUGUGAUAGCAGACAGUGGGAAUGGGUCGUGGCUCAUUUGUAUCUAUACGUCCUCAGCUUCCUUCCUGGCAUCUUCAGCCAAAAGGAUCUCAGGUACCCGGCCUGGGAAGGACUUGAGAUGCCUUGAUAGCUGCUGACUCUGAUUGUUUAUUAUUCUACUUUAUAUUUACUUUAUUCUUACAUUUACCAAAUGAUGGAGAUCAGGGCUCAGAUGCCCAGCUCAUGCUUAUCUGCCUCCAGUACGGUGGGCCAAACUUUAUGGAAUCUGCAAGAGGCUCCUGACUUGUUGAACUUCUGGCACCCACUGAAGACUAUUUCCCCCCCUCGCCUUUAAAUUCUAUCAAGCAUUUUAACUGAAUCUUGAUUUUGUCAUUUUAACUGCUUUUUAUUUUUGUUGUAUUGCAUUUCUUAUCAUCAUUCUUAAGAGAUGAUUGUAAGUAAGGCAGUAUAGAAGCUGUCCAGAUAAAUACAUUAUAAAUAUUUGUAGUUCCAGAGACUUCAAGAUGGCAUACAUGGUUAUCCCCUAUUUGUUGUUUGUUUGUUUGUUUGUUUGUUUGUGUAUUGCAUUUAUAUUCCGCCUGUUUCUCCAAGCAGAUCAAGGUGGCAUACACAGUGUCCCCGUCCCCCCCAUCCUCGUUUAAUCCCCACAUCAACCCUGUGAGAUAGGUUAGGCUGAGAAACAGUGACUGGCCCUAGAUCUCCUCUGAGCUUCCUGUGGCCAAGUGGGGAUUUGAACCCUGGUCUCUGAUACUCUGACCACUACACCUGGGGAUGCUGCUGAACUUUGUAACCUGCCUGUCCCCCAAAUUGUCACAUGGUUAUCAAAAGUGUUUUGCUGGUGAGUAAGUUCUCAUUCAUAGAAAUAUAUUGCCCUGCACUCAUUAGUUUGCAGUGCUAAUCAGGAUUAGGCCAGGGAACUGGUUGUAGCUGUAUUGCUCUGAUAAGUUCUUAGUUGUCCUGUUCUGUUCUCAGUGGAAGAUACUGACUCUGAAAAAUGAAGACACAGAACACAAAUAUAGCUCUUCUCCCCUGGAAUGGAUUACCUUGGACACAAACAUCGCCUACUGGUUCCACUCCACCUCGGGGGUAGGUUAAUCCAUUAACUAGCAUUAUUUAUAUAUUGUCUUCCAAGAAAAAAAUGUUGUCUGGUUGGCUUUCAGUGUUAGGAAACUGCCUUACACUGAAUCCAGCCGUUGGUGGUCCUAGCUCAGUAUUGUCUUCACAGACUGGCAAGUGAACCUGGGUCCUCCAUACAAAGCAGGAUUCUCUGUUGCUGAGCUUUGGUCCUCCUGAUACAUUAAAAAAUACAAUAAAGCCCCAAGUUUUAAAACCAGAAAGAUUAAAACAGAGACUAAAAAGCCUUAUUGGAGAGCAGCUGGACAGAGAGCCACAGAACUGGACAAUAGACAUAGCUUAAAAGGCCCAGUAGAAUGAAUUUGGAAAACACUAUUUUCCAAAUAGAGGAAUAGUUUCCACUAUUUGCUGAAAAGACAGCAGACACGUCUUUCUACCUGUAGAAUGACAUGCCCACACCUUUUUACUGCAUCCAGGGGACCACUGCUAAAAGUUUCUGUUCGACAGUUUGGACCUCUCUUGAGGACAGCUCCUUAUUAUGUGAGAAGUCUAUCCAGACACGCUUUAUGGGAGUCAUUUUUGACCUAAAGGGCGGAGCCUACAUUUUCAAAGGCCUGGUCACCUGGGAGCAGUUUUCUGCUUGCCACAGGCAAUUGGCAAGUUGCAACCUUGUACAGGCAGGUUCCUCCUUAGUUUUAAAAGCCAGCCCCCACACACAAAUGAAUGAUGCACUCCAGUUUUCAAAUGUGAAGAAACAGAUGCAAAAAUAAAAUAAAGACGUAGCUGCGAUAAGACACUUCUAAGGGCCUCUUCACCUAUUUAUACUUUCUGCCAAGAGAAGCAAAAAUUAAUGUAUUGUAUGCACCCUAUGAUUCUGCGGGAGUACAGAAAAAGGUAACAUAGUAAGGAAUGCAGCUUCCUGGGACUUAAAAAAGAACCCAGGCUUCUAGUCCUUAUGGAUGUGAAGUUUGCUUGGAAGUGUGUGGACUAUAUAUUUUGAAAUUUCAGAAUUCAAGAGCUGUUUUCUUUCUCUCUCCACUGGAUGAAAACAGCUUUAAUGCACCUCUCCUGGAUUAGGGGGGAAAUGAAGGUAAAUUGAUGUCAGGGAAAAUGGGAAUUGCAGUUUAAAGCAUCAGUGGGGGGGGGGGUCACCAGGAUGGGGAGGGCAAAUUCCACAGCAGUGCUUUUAACAUUGUUGCUUAUUGGUUCUCUAGGCCCAGAUCCACCUUCUGGGGAACAUCGUCACCUGGAUGUCUGCCAAUGCAGCCACUGCUGCAUACGUGGCUCUGUUCCUGUGGUACCUGCUCCGGCGGAGACGGAAUAUCUGUGACAUCCCUGAAGGUCAGAUAUUUCAACUAUUAUCCCACCUCUUGUUUGUUUAUUUCCUUACCCAUUUUACAACUCACAGCUUCAAACAUAAAUUUAUAUUCCCAUAAACAGCUUGCAAAGUAGCAAGAAAAAAAUAAACUGCAAUUAAAAAAAUACCACCACAACAACCCUGCAAGGUUGGUUAGGCUGAGAGACAGAAGCUGACCCAUGAUCACCCAGUCAGCUUCAUGCUCCCGAUGGUGGAUUUGAACCUGCAUAAAAAUGACUGGGGAGAACUUGAGCUCCUCGGAGGAAAGUCAUAAUAUAAAUGGAAUAGAAUCAACACUCCCUUAUUAGUAAGGGCUGCAAGCUCAGUGGCAGAGCACCUGCUUUGCAUUCAGAAGGUUCAAUCCUUGGCAUCUCCAGGUAGGGCUGAGAGAGUCCCUUGCCUUAGACCCUGGAUUGCUGCAGCCAGUUAGUGCAAACAGUAUUGCACCAGAUGGACCUACAUUCUUACUUAAUUCAGCACUUUGCUGGGAACACGUGAACAAAAACUCCAACUUUAUUUUUAGGGGAAAGGCUAUAGCUUAGUAACAGAGCACCUGCUUUGCAUGUAGAAGGCCCCAUAUUCAAUCCCCAGCUUCUCUAAAUAGGCCUGUGAAUGUCACUGCCUGAAAUCCUGGAGGUUUCCAGUCUGUGUAGACAGCAAUGAGCUAGAUCAAGCCAUGGUCUGUUUAAUGCAGCUCUCUGUGUUGCCCCUUUAUCCUGACAGAGGCAUGGUGGCAGUGGGUGGCAGCAGGAGGCCUCUGCGUGGGAGGCUGGGCCAUGAAUUACCUCCCAUUCUUCCUGAUGGAGAAGACGCUCUUCCUCUACCACUACCUGCCUGCUCUCACUUUCCAGAUCCUCCUGAUCCCUGUUGUCCUGCAGCACACCAGCGAAUACCUCUGCAGGUAUGACUUCUCUUGCCAGGAUUGCUCUUUGCCAGGAGGCUUUAUGUUACAGGGGCGUUGACAAAGCUUAGCAUGUCCAGAGGCGGGUGGCAGUGGGGUCUGGAAACCCAAGUCCUACUAGCAGCAAAUGAAAGGCUUAGUGUAUGUUUAGCCUGGAGAAAAGCAGAUUAAGGGGAGACAUUAUGGUUGUCUUCAAAUAUCAGAGGGGCCUGUUCCACAGAAGAUGGAACUGCCUUGUUCUUGUUACUCCAGAGAUCAGGAUUCAAUCCAGUGGCUGAAAACAGCAGGCUAUAGUUAAGACUAAGUUGUUGGUUGGUUUAUUAUUUAUAGCAUUUGUACCCUGCUGUUCAGCCAUAAAGGCUCCCAGAGCGGCUUACAUAAUAUCAAAACAAGGCACUCCCUACCUGCAGGUUUAAAAACACAUAAACCCACAACACACAAGGAAAAGGGGACAAGGAGGGAAGAGGAAAAUACCAUAUUUUUCGCACCAUAGGACGCACCGGACAAUAGGACGCACUUUGUUUUAGAGGGGGGAGAACAAGAAAAAAUUUUUUUCCACCUCUCUGCCCAGCGCCCCUUCAGCGAAGUGGCAGGAGGCGCUGUGCAGAGAGGGGGAGAACUUUCCCCCUCUUGUUUUCCCGCUCUAAAACAAGGUGCCGUUUAAGGUGCGUUCAGGCGGCUACCUUGGAAGCCUGGAGAGCGAGAGGGUCGGUGUGCACUGACCCUCGCGCUCUCCAGGCUUCAGGUUCCUUUCGACCUGCUCUUUGGGGCUGGCGGGGGGAAGCCCACCACCAGCCCCAAAGAGCAGGUCAGGGAGCAGCGGAAAGGCACAGCGGAGAGGCUCCUGCCAUAGCCGCGCGUCACCUCUCCAGCCGGGAGAGGGUCACGGGGUGCUUCUUUAGCCCCGCGCACGCUCUCCCGGCUGGAGAGGUGACACGGGGCUUUAGAGGCUCCUGCCAUAGCCGCGCGUCACCUCUCCAGCCGGGAGAGGGUCGCGGGGCUAUGGCGUCUUCGCUCCAUAGGACGCACACACAUUUUCCCUUCAUUUUUGAAGGGAAAAAAGUGCGUCCUAUAGAGCGAAAAAUACGGUAAAAACUCAAACACCAAUUUCUAGACAGCUGUUCUGAUAUUGACCAGUUGCCACAGUUCAGAGGCAGGAAGUGCCUGGUAGAGUUGGACCUCCAGCACAGCUCUUCUUCCUCUCUCUCCCAUUGAGACAGCCUGAUGGAAUGACUUUCCCCAGAUGACAGCUGAGGGCCAGGAGGGCUGGCCUGUCUGUUGCAGUCCAGCCGAUGGAGUGAACUCUGUUUCUCAGCUCUCUGUUGUGAUAUAAGGGCUGUUUAGCAGUGGAACUGACUGCCUUAAGGGGUAGCAGGUCUCCUUUUGCUGGAGUUUUUAAGGCAGGGCUGGGCACUCCUCCAUUAGGGAUGCAAGAGUUUCAUCUUGCACUGUGGAUCCUGUACUGAACAGGGGCUUGAAUCAGAUAAAAACCCUUUCUUCCACAUUCUGUGGAGACUUAUGGGAGCAACUGUGGAGGAGCAAGGGAGCAACUGUGUUGGGAGCCAUUAGAAAGCUCAGUGUUAGAAAAGACUCCUCUGCUUUGCUUGCAGGUGGUCUCCGCUUCUGUCCUCAGCGUCUCCAGAUGAGGCUGUGAGUUGGCCCUGUCUGAAACAUUGCCAAACAAUGUUCACAGUACUGAGCUAGAUGAGCCAUUGGCCUGACUUGAUAAUAUGGCAGCUUAUUUAAAUUAGCCCUUUAUUCAGAACCAUACAGAGUAGAAUCUUACUUCCGGGGGAGAGCUCAGCGGUAGAACACCUGCUUUGCAUGCAGAAAGUCCCAGGUUCGAUCCCCAGCUUCUCCAGGUAGAGCUGGGAAAGACACCUUUCCAAAAGCCUGAAGAGCUGCUGCCAAUCAGUGCAGACAACACUGAGUUGGAUGGGUCAAGCAUCUGACCCUGUAUAAAGCAGGUUGCUACGCUCAGAAUAACUGUCACUACUUAUAUAAAUUCAAGUGAUAUCAUUGCAAGAUUAAGAGGGGCAGAAGUUCAUUGGUUGAGACAAUCUUCCCUUAAACUGCUGGUUCGUGUUUGCUUCAGCCUAUGUGUCUCUUCUUUAUAGAUCCAGACUCUCAAAGAGCAUGCACAGUGCUCUUGUGGUUGCCUGGUUCUCUUCUGUUUACCUGACCUACCACACAUUCCGACCGCUCACCUACGGGAAGCCUCCGCUCACCAAAAGUCAGCUUCAGGACCUACGCUGGAAGGACAGCUGGGACAUCUUGAUCAGCAAACACUAGUCUUGCAAGACGGGCAACAAACCGCCCCCUGGGCAACUUAGCCCACUGAUCAUGUCUGCAAACACAUGUACUCUGAUUGCUUGAUGUGAGGACUUAGAACAGGGGAGGCCUGUCUUGUUCGCCCACCUGAAGCAAAACGGGACGGCGUCGGCCCUGCUGCAAAAACCUUGCUUACUGAGGUUGUGCAGCUGUGGGUUUUGGCAGGGAUGGGUUGCCAGGGUGUUCCCCCAUGAAGUGAGAGAAAAAAGAGAGAGUUUGGAUUUGAUAUCCCACUUUAUCACACCCCUUAAGGAAUGUCAAAGUGGCUAACGUUCUCAUUUCCCUUCCUCCCUCACAACAAACACUCUGUGAGGUGAGUGAGGCUGAGAGACUUCAGAGAAGUGUGACUAGCCCAAGGUCACCCAGCAGCUGCAUGUGGAGGAGCGGGGAAGCGAACCUGGUUCACCAGAUUACGAGUCUACCACUCUUAACCACUAUACCAUACUGGAUCUCACAAGUGUGUUGCAAGAUCUUGCCAGAAGCUGCUACUGCUCCUCGCUUCUCCCAUGGCGGGGGUGGAGGUGGGUACCCGUUGGGGUUAGAGGCAAGAAUGGUCAGGCUGUCAUAAUUCCACUGUUCAUUCAGCCUUGCCCAUCCUGCCAACUGAUGACCAGUUUUGACACCACCUUUUAAACUGAAAUGGAAUCAUAGAAUUGUAGAGUUGGAAGGGAACCCAAGGGCUGUGUAGCUCAACCCCUUGCAAUGCAGGAAUCUCAACUAAAGAACCCAUGACAGAUGGAGCAAUGAAAACCAUUGAUUUGGAGUCCAAAAUUUGGGAGUUGCAGCAUUUUGCUAUUCUCUUAUGCGUUAAGCAACAGGAGAAAAGGUGGCAUCAGAACUGGCCCACUUUAAAGCAAUAUUCCCACUCUUGUUUCCAGUAAACUAUAGAGUCCAGGAGGUUGAAUAUGGUUGGCAGCCGAGUCCAUCUCUUGCUGAACCUGGAUCAAGUUCUGUGAUUCUGUGGCACAGGCAAAGUCUUGUUCCUCAAGAGGAAAGGGUGAUGGUCUCCAGAGAAUGCAGAGAGUGCAGAGGCACUGCUGGCCAAUGUCUCACUUUGGCGUUCUGUGAUCAGUCACUGUAAAUUAUUUUAUUUGCUUGUUGGAACUGUAUGUGUCAUUUUAGAAUGAGGGUGGAGCACAAUCAGUCAAUAAAAUGUAGACAAGGGAGGAUAAAUAAUUGGAAGCUGGACAGCUUUUCAAAAAAAGAAGAAGAAGAGAAACUUGGCCUAGAGUGCUAACAAAGCAGAUGGCACAGAGUGAUCUUCAACAUAUUCUUGUUUUAAACCCUGCCUUUUAGAUAGAGCCUUCCUCCUUAUGGAGGGAGUUUAAUGAACUUUUUUUUUUGCCCUUCACCCUGAAGUGGACUGUUCUCCUAUUGAAAGUAUUUUGGGAGGACCUUCUCUUACAGGUAUUACAGAAGUGGCACCUAUACCUGCCUUCUCUGAUUCUGCAAGCACUCCAACUCAUCUCAAGCAGGGAUAGAGAACCUGUUGCCCUCUAGGUGUUUGUUGCCGAACCACAGAUCCCAUCAGCCCUGGCUCUCCUUGCUAGGGCUGAUGGGACUGUAAUUCAGAAAACUCUGGAGGGCUAAAACUUACUCAUGCCCACAUUAGGAGCAGGGUAGUUUAGUAUUGCAACAGAGAGUGGGAACCAAAAAGGGCUGAGUUGAAAAGUAGGAAUGUUGCCAUUUAGAGAAAGGCAGUAUAUUAAUUGCAUUAGAACAAUUGCUCCCCUAAGAGCAUUGCUGAUGCCCUUCCUCCUUGGCACUGUGUUAAAACACACCUGAAUACUUGAGACCAGCAAACUGCGAAAACUUCAGCUUUUAUAGAGGUGGACAAACUUGCUGUUUUUAAUUAAGCAGGGGCAUUUGAUUAGCAGGACCUGCCUUCCACUUAGUCCCUUAAGUCCUACGGAAGCAGUAAGGGUGUAACUUAAAUUUUUCACACGUGGCUUCCCUGUUUUGGUUUCAUUUUUGUUAAAUAAAUCAUGACGCUGUGUAGUA